AUGAAGAAAUUAAAAAAAACUCUGGUUGCUUUGAAAAAAAAUAAUGAAGUUUUAAAUAAUCCAGAAACACAUUCUAAUAUUAUUUUAGAAGAACCAAUAACCUUGGAAGUUAUUGACAGUUUAAAAGAAGUUGGUAACUCAGAACAAAUUUCCGACAGCGUUGACAUUUUCAAUAAUGAAAUAAACACAACUUUGGAAGAAAAAGCGAGUUUUAAAUCUAAUGAAAANGAUUCAUUACGACUUCAAGUAGUAAAAACAGGUCCCAUUAAAUCAAGUAAAGAUUUCAACUAUCCUAGAGAUGCGUUAAAUCGACGGUUUCCAAUUUCAAUUUUAAGUAAAGCAUUAAAAAAUGGCCAAGUUAUACAACGUACGUGGUUAAUUUAUUCUGUUAAAAAUGAUGUUGUGUACUGUUUUUGUUGUAAAAUAUUUAGUAUUGAAAAUUAUGCAUUAACUAAAUUUGGCUGUAAUGAUUGGAAAAACGUACACAAUAUAGUUAAAGAACAUGAAACGAGCAAAAUACAUUGUAGUUCUUUAAAAAAAUGGACGGAACUGUUAAACUUUAAAUUUUUGUAUGACAUAAGUAGUCUAAAAAGUAUAACGAAAGAUAAUAUUGUGAAAAAUUGUAUGGAUCUUCAAUUGUUACUAUCAGAAAAUAAAAAUGUUUGUAAAUCAGAUAUUGAUGCCAUAGAAAUGACAGAUGAGUUAGUAGCCAUAUCCGAGUUAUUAAAACCCAACAGUACCCCAUUAGAAGUUUUACAGUUUAUUGUAAAUAAUAACAAUUUUGUACCAAAUGUAGCUGUAGCACUUCGCAUUAUUUUGACUAUGCCUGUGUCGGUCGCAUCUGGUGAACGAGGCUUUUUCAAAUUAAAAACUAUUUGA